UUUCUAGUUUGCUCGGUUUCUUGGAGGAGGGGUCUUCUCAUUCCUUUUUUGUUCUCUUCUCUCGAUCAACUUCGGCCUUCACUCUUCGCUUCUCUGGUUUCGCUCUCCUCCUUCAGUCCUUCAUUCACACGCUCGCCAUGGGAGAUAGCCAGUAUUCCUUCUCUCUCACCACCUUCAGUCCUUCCGGAAAGCUAGUUCAGAUCGAGUAUGCCCUAAUGGCUGUCGGAUCCGGCCAGACGUCUCUCGGAAUAAAGGCUGCCAAUGGAGUCGUUAUUGCAACUGAGAAGAAAUUACCAUCGAUCUUAGUUGAUGAAGCAUCUGUUCAAAAGAUUCAACCUUUAACGACAAAUAUUGGAGUUGUGUAUAGUGGGAUGGGUCCUGAUUUUCGAGUAUUGGUCCGGAAAAGUAGGAAGCAGGCACAACAGUAUUUCAGAUUAUAUAAAGAACAAAUCCCUGUUACACAACUUGUUAGGGAAACGGCGGCUGUUAUGCAGGAGUUCACUCAAUCUGGUGGUGUAAGGCCAUUUGGAGUUUCACUUCUGGUUGCUGGAUUUGAUGACGAUGGUCCCCAACUGUAUCAGGUGGAUCCAUCUGGUUCAUACUUCUCAUGGAAGGCUUCGGCAAUGGGAAAGAAUGUCUCCAAUGCAAAGACAUUUCUUGAGAAGAGGUACACUGAUGAUAUGGAGCUAGAUGAUGCGGUUCACACGGCUAUUUUGACACUAAAAGAAGGGUUUGAAGGACAGAUUUCUGGCAAAAAUAUUGAGAUUGGGAUAAUUGGCACUGACAGAAACUUCAGAGUACUGACCCCGGCUGAAAUUGAUGAUUACUUGGCUGAAGUGGAGUAGUUCGUUUCCUCUACAUGCUAGUUGCUAGGUUAAAAUUUGCUUCACCGGUGCCAGUUUUAAUGUUUUGCAUUUUCCAAGGAUUCGAACUGUGUGCCUGUUCUCAAUUUGAAUUUAUUGUAUUUUUCAAUUUUUAUUUUCCAUCAGUGUCACUAAAAAGGUUAACUGAAUAGGGUUAAAUGGUAGGGAAUGGAUGGCAGAAUCUUUUUUGCUUUGAACUGUGUGCCUGUUCUCAAUUUGUUUCCCUUCCAAGGGGAAAUGGGAUGGUUGAAA